CAAUUUUUCGUUGACGUGGUCCAAUUGCCGGCCCUUGCUGUUCCAAAACGGGAUGCCAUGGUCCCUUGUUCAUCAUUUGGCUGAAGUCGCCCCUGCUGCCCGGUGGGAUGAUUCAUGCUUGGGCUUGCAGGUCAACCCUGCCGUUCAACCAGGUUUUCACACCACCAUGAUGCACCCUUCAGCCACUCCUUUCCCCUUUCUAUACACAUUUUCGUCGCUUUACGAGGUUCAUGAGGUUUUUUGCCCUCCUGUAUUGAGUCGGUUAGAUAGCGUCAUUCUGCUUUCCGACCCCUCCGCACCGUUCAUGAUCCUUGCGCAGAGGAGGGAUUGGUAGCUCCGAGAGUUUGGCCUGACAGCAGAGCGCCUCUACAACCCCAGGCAUCGGCCAUGGGAAGGGCUAAAAAGAGAAAGAAUAAGAAGACUUUCAUUGACCCCUGGUCUGAUGAACCCAAAGACAUCGGCGAUGGCGGAGCCAUACAAGUCCCAGUUCCAAAUGAGGAGGCCGCCACCAGAUCUGACGACGUCGCAGAGCCUCCUCUCCCUCCUUCAGAAGACAACCCCCAGGAACUUGAAGAUCCCGCCGUCAUGGACGACGUAACAGCACCAGCAGACGCUAGCGCCGAGGAGAUCGUGGUAGAGGGAGAUGCAGCACAGGGAGCCGGCACUGAGGCCUCUCCCGAGAGCGUGGAGCCCAAAGCUGAAGAUGCUCCCGCUGAGAAUGCUGACAACGGGCCGUCAGAUACACCAGAUCCUGUCCCGGAACCGGAGCAGGAGGAGCCAAAGGACGAAAAUGUUGAGCAGCCCGUCGAGGACGAUUCAAAGGAUGCAAUCGAAGACAAGGAUGCCGCAGACUCGUCGGAGGCUACUGCCAUCGAGUCAAGCGACGGCGACAAAUCUUCUGAGCUAGAAACCGUGGUGGAAGUGGUGGAGAAGAUGCAGGAAGCUGAUGCUCCUCCAGAGCAAAUCACUGAGGUCUUGGAAAAGGCCAUGUCCGACGUUGGGGCUACUCCUGCUUCUCCGGAGUCAGCAGCUGUAGCUGACCAGCUACCGGGCGAGGGCGAAGAGAACCCAGAAGCACUCGCAGAAGAUGAGGGAGAAGCAGCACCUGAACCUGCUGCUGACCCAGACCCCCAAGAGAACAAACCUACAGAAGACAGCCCUGCCGGUGAUGCAGAAGAGCAAGCCCACGACGAUUCUGCAGAUGCAGAGCCAGCAGACAAGCCGGAAGAAACGACAGAGACAAGCGAAGAAACAGCGGCCGACGAGGCUCCAGCGGAAGGGGUGCCAGAGGGCAAUGAAGGUGACGCUCCCGUCACAGAUGCAGCAGAUGAUGCGCCGCCCGAACCGCCCGCUGGGGAAGAAAAAGAGGGCGAACCAGGCGACGACCCGGCGCCUGAGACUGCAGAGGCCGAUGGGAACGGGGACAACAACGAUACAGAGGAAAAUGUUGCCUCUGAUGACCCUGCACCCGAAGAAAAGGUGGAGGAAGGUACAGUCGAGGAGGGAUCACCAGAAGCCGGCGUCGAGGCACCAGCGGCUGGAGACGACUCCAGCCAACAUGAAGAGGCUGCUGCCGAAGAGACGCCUGAAGUAGAAGACCCUCCCGAAGAGGUACCAACAGAAGAACCUCCGGCGGACGAGACGUCCGUAGUGGAAGACCCUCCUGAGGAGGUACCAGCAGAAGAACAUCCAGUCGAAGAACCAGCUGCAGAAGAACCAGCUGCAGAAGAACCAGCUACGGAAGAGCCCUCAGCAGAACAGGUUCCUGCAGACGAUAAUCCGGCGGAGGAAACACCUGCCCAGGAGGGCGCUGGAGAAGACGGCGAGGCUGAACAGACAACCGAAGCAGAGACCCCUGAAGACGCGGCCCAGGACGAGGCUGAAGACUCAGCAACAGGCGAUGCCGUCGAGGAGGCACCAACGGAAGAACCAGCAUCAGACGAACCAACAGCUGAGGUAGUCGAGCCUGCGGAAGCUGCUGCGGAAAAGCCCGAACCGACCGAAGAACCCACCGCCGAAGAACAUGCCGCGGAGCCUACAGAAGAGCCUACAGAAGGCCCUGCCGAUGAGCCUGCUGAGGAGCCUGCUGAGGAGCCUGCUGAGGAGCCUGCUGAGGAGCCCGCUGAGGAGCCCGCUGAGGAGCCCGCUGAGGAGCCCGCUGAUGAACCCACUGAACAGACUAGUGAACAGCCCGCUCCUGAAGAGACUGCUGAAGAACCGACUGAAGAAGCUACGGAGGAACCAGCCGAGGUAUCAACAGAAUCCGCCAACGAAGCAGCAGAGGACGCGGCAGAAGACCCAGCGGAAGAAGCUCCUGAAGAGGCUUCUGAGGAACAAGCUGUCGAAGAGGCGACAGAGGGACCAACAGACGAGACCCCUGCAGAGGCUGCUGAAAAGGCACCCGAGGAACCAGCUGCCGAAGAGGGUCUCGAAGAAGCUGUCGUCGAAGCAGCCGCGGGAGAGCCUGCAGAAGACCCAGCAGAAAAGGCUCCUGAAGAGGCUCCUGAAGAGGCUCCUGAAGAACCUGUCGCUGAAGAGAACAGCGAGCAACCUGCAGCCGAAGAAGCUGCAGAAGAAGUCCCAGGGGAACCAGCAAAAGAGGCCGCUGAAGGGGCUCCCGAAGAACCAGCGGCCGAGGAAACUAACGAAGAGCCUGUCGCCGAAGAACCUACGGAAGAAGCCCCAGGAGCACCUGUAGAAGAAGCUUCUGAAGAACCAGCUGCCGAAGAAGCUGCCGAAGAGCCGGCAGCUGAAGAAGCGGCAGUUGCAGAAGCACCUGACGAUACGGCACCGGCCGAUGAUGAAGUACCUGCUGCGGACGAAUCAACCGAACCAAAUGACGAGGCACCUGCAGUAGAGGAAGCUGAGAUAGCUUCUGAAGCGAAAGAAGCAGCAGCGCCCGAAGAAUCGGCUGCUCCCCUCGAAGCAGCAGCCAUUGGGGCAGUUGUCGGCGCUGCGGGUGGUCUUGUGGCGUCGGAAGCGUCCAAGGGUUCAAAGGAAAGACGAAGAAAGUACCAUGAGAAACGCGGACGGAGUUCGAAAGACCAACUGCACGGGCAUAGAGGGAAACUUGAGAGGAGCAGGGGUGAAGCAGGGUUAUUCGACAGCGCAUUUGCAAGACAGAUCAAAAAACAGUCCAAAGAAAAAGAGCAUGGCCGACACGAGCUAUCGCCUGAAGAGGAGCGUGAAAGAGCCGAGAGAAAGAGAGCCAAGAAAGCUCGACGCGACAGUGAGGCACAUGUCACAAGACAUGACCAAAGUCGUCGCCAGGCAGAGGAAGACGCCGCCAAGGAAGAGAGGAGGCGUAGGCGCCACGAAGGAAAAGAGAGGCGAAGACCGGAGGCUGAAGUAGCAGAACAUGCCACGAAGAGGAAUGGCAAGGAAAAGGAGAAAUCCCCAGAGUCACCUCGCGAUGCUACAACCGAGAGCAGCAGUGAGCCCAGAACCAGAACCAGGCGGCCCAGCAGCGCAGGAACCAAUGCCGGUGGUGGUUCUUCGGUGCUGCCGAUUCCUGACAUCUUGAAGAGAAUGGCAACGGGCGAAAGUGACACCAAACCUCUCCUCAUGUUCAAGGUGAACGACCCGGCCCUCCCGAGGGACAGGUCCAGAGAGAGAACGAGAAGCCGCCAUCACGAGCACCACCACGAGCAUAAACACCACAAGCCUCGUGAUGACGCAUCCGACCGAGAGCGAGAAGGCAAGGACGAUUUUGCAGAGGACCGGCCAAAGGCAUCGAGGCACUCGAGCUCAAGAAGGGAUCGUCAGUACCAUGGGGAGCUUCGAACAACUCCAAGGUUCGGCAUCAUAGGCAAGGCAAUCAACACGCUUGUGGAGCACACAACUGUCAGGGAGAUUUGGCGUGGAGAGCGGGUCGGAGCGUGAUCUAUGGCGUCCAAAACAUGCUGGAAGCUCAAGGCUGAGAGCAGACUGGGAUAUACAUCGUCGACAGCACAUGCAGGGAUACGUGAAAAUGGAGGGACCGGAGCACUCGUUUGAGGAGGAUCUCGUAUGUCUUCCGGGCGGCGGAUUGGUCUCGCGACCAAUUCUUUGUAUAACUAGUGCCUAAUGUGUCAGAAGUAGCCACUGUAUGGAGAUGGUAGUUUUAUGAUGAACAAGCAACUUGUCUUCUUG